AUGUCUUCCUCCUUAGACGAACUCUCCGAUGUAUUCGCAGCGGCAGAAGCUACCAGAGAGGCAGCACAGCCGGAGAAGCAGCAGCAGCAGCAGCAGCAGCAGCAGCAACUGCAGCAGCAGCAUCAAGCCGCUGCAGCAGCAGCAGCAGCAGAAUCUUGGCCGGGGGAUGAAGCAGCUCUCUUUGGUUCCUUUCGCACCUCAAACGAGUAUUCAUCCAGAACGGAGUUUCCGGCAUUCGAAGCAGAAAUAAAAGCAGCAGCAGCAGCAGCAGCAACACCAGCAGCGCCAGCAGCAGCAGCAGCAGCGGCAGCAGCAGCGGCAGCAGCAGCAGCACCGCCACCACCAGCCACUGCAUUCGACGCUACGGACCCAUUUGGUGAUUGGGCCUCCGCAUCAGAACCCAGGGAUCAGCCCCAGCAGCAAACGCAGCAGCAACAGUGGCAGCAGCAGCAGCAACAGUGGCAGCAGCAGCAGCCACAGUGGCAGCAGCAGCAGACACAGGGGCAGCAGCAGCAGCAGCCACAGUGGCAGCAGCAGCAGCCACAGGGGCAGCAUCAGCAGCAGCCACAGUGGCAGCAGCAGCAGCCACAGGGGAAGCAGCAGCAACAGCCACAAUGGCAGCAGCAGCAACAGCUACAAAGGCAGCAGCAGCAGCAGCCACAGUGGCAGCAGCAGCAGCAGCAGCAGCAGCAGCAGCAGCAAACUCAUGAAGGCUUGGGGAGUUUCGAUGGAGGACAUCAGCAGCGUCUCAAGGAGGAAACCCCGCUACAAUGGGGAGGCUCCGGUUCCUUUGCUGCGCUGGCGCAGCACAGCAGCAGCAGCAGCAGCAGCAGCAGCAGCAGCAGCAGCAGCAGCAUGUACAGCACCCCUCAGAUGUCGUUAGACGUCCAUAAGCCAUCGAAUUUCUCCGGCUCUGCUGCUGCUGCAGCUGCUGAUCGUGGUGAUGUUGCUGCUGCAGCUGCUGAUGAACCUACUGCUGCUGCUGCUGCUGCUGCUGCUGCUGCUGCUGCUGCUGCUUCCACUGCAGCUCCUAGGUUGCAUCAUCAGUCACCAGCAGCACCAUCUGUAUCUGCAUCGGAAUCACCAGAGAAGCCUGCAGCAAGGAUCUCACCAGCUGUACAUACAGCCGCAGCAGAAGCAACAGCAGCAGCAGCAACAGCAGCAGCAACAGCAGCAGCAGCAGCAGCAGCAGCAGAGGAGCCCAGCAGAUUGCAAGGGGUUGCUGCAGCCGAAGGCCCCUCGCCUCUCUCGGGGCCCCAAGCUUCACCUGCGUACACUGCAGCAGCAGCAGCAGCGGCUAGGAGUUCUGCUGCAGUUGCUGCUGGAGUUGCUGCUGCUGCUUCUGCUGCUGCAGCAGCUGCUGCUGCUGCUUCUACUGCCUCUGCUGCCGCUCCUGAUGCAUGCAGCUCUGCUGCUGCUGCUGCAACACCGUCUUCAGUUUUAUUUAUAUUUAUUUCUUUGUUUCUUUUUUUUUUAAUUUUAUUUAUUUUUUGCUGA